GCGGGAGGAUCAGUUCAACUGAAUGUCUUGAGUGUUAGAAACUACAAUGGCUCUCACGGCGUGUCCCGUUUUUGCGAUCAUUCUUCUUCUGGUUCAGUUGGUGUCAUCGUCGGAGGUGAUUUCCAAAACGCCGGAGACUAAAUCCACCAACAGCGAUGCUGGCUUCGGGUACGAGGUGCUCCUCAACAAGUUGGACUAUUUGGAGUACAAGUUCAUGGAGCUGGAGUUCGAGAUUAAGGAGCAAAGUGAACAAACGAUGCGAAACCAAGCCCGACUGGAGAAGACUCACGAGGGAAUGACGUGGAUGAUGACUCGCCUGGAGCAAGCCGUUGGACAGAAUUUCACCUCCAUUUUGGACCAAUCCUGGCGAAUUCUACAGCAGCAGAAAAGUUGUACCAGUCACGAAAGGCUGAGGAAGGCUAUCUUCGACCUGAAACCAAUCAAAGGGCCAUCCGAUAAUGCACGGCUGCUGUUUGAUUUGCAACAGUUCAAACACAGAGGACCGUACGAAUCGUGCAAAGAUGAACCCAGCAAAACAUCUGGAAAGUAUCUGCUGCAGCCGUUCGAAAGCGAUGAACCGUUUGUGGGCUAUUGCGAGCAAACCAAGUUCGGAGGAGGUUGGUUGGUCAUUCAGCAUCGAUACGAUGGGUCGGUAGAGUUCUAUCGGAACUGGACGGAAUACAAGACAGGAUUUGGCGAGCCGGACAAGGAGUAUUGGAUGGGACUGGAACUGAUGCACAAACUGACCUCGGCAAAAACAUACCAACUGCUGGUGGAAUUGGAAGAUUACAAUGGGGACUAUAAAUAUUCAAAAUUCGCCGACUUUGAGGUUGGAAACGAAACGGAAAAGUAUUCGUUGAAGAAGAUCGGGACUUACAGUGGGACAGGAGGGGAUUCCAUGACGUAUCACAAAACAAUGAAGUUUACCACGAUGGACAGUGACAAUGAUGUGAACGCUGCGAAUUGUGCGGAAUCGAGCUCUGGAGCAUGGUGGUACAACAAUUGUCAUCACAGCAAUCUCAACGGGAGGUUUAUGAACGCAAAUGACCCAAGAUCGGUCACUUGGUAUCACUUUAAGAAUGCUCACUACGGGCUUAGAUAUACGAGAAUGAUGAUAAGAGCUGUGUGAUAAUGAGGGACGUUAGGUUAAGCAGAUAGUUUUUAAUUUAUUAAAAAAUAGAUAACCAAUAGAAUUCUUUAAAUAAUUCAAUACUCAUACACAUAAUAUAUAUAUACAAUAAUUAUAAAUUUCUUUCUAUAUUUUCAUAGUUAAAAUUUCUCAAAAAGCGCCCUUCUUAUCGGCGAUAGACAUUUAAGUACAAUUUUAUUUAACCACUCGAGCUAUAUCGCAUUCAUUAAGUGUUCCACAUUUUUACGGCUUUUUUUUUAAUUUUAGCUACAGUAGAUUAGUUGGAAAAAAUAUGUUCAACAAAACAAAAAUACAUUCAUUCGACUGUAUAAUCAAUAGAAACAGAAACCUCUCUCACCGCGCAUUUUUGUCACUGAAUUUUA